AUGGUCGAAGAUCACUUGGCUACUCUCCCCAAACUCACCACCCAGCCUCCUUCUCCUUCGCCAUCCCGGAGAAGCAACACAGCAGAGGGUUCUAACCACGACCAGCUCCGCGUCUCCAACGAGCUGCCGUCUGCCGCUCCGUCCAUUGGUGGAGAGACCCUUCACUCACGCGACGGCUCCCUCGGCUUCAAUCCGCGGACCAGGACCAACACCGACGCCACAGCCGUGACCAUCUCGCCUAUCAUGGAGAAGGAGAAAGCCAACGCCGCCGUCUCUCAGGUCAAGGACAUCGGCUCCGAUAGCGACUCCAUCUCUACCGAAGGCGCCCUCCGACCCGACAAGGGCGCCGAGAAGGACUUCGUUGUUGACAACAAUCCAUUCGGCGUCAGCCCCGGCGAGCUCAACAAGAUGCAGAACCCCAAGUCACUGGCUGCAUUCAAGGCGCUUGGUGGACUUCCCGGCAUCGAGCGGGCCCUUCGCACCGAUGUCAACGCCGGCUUGAGUGUCGACGAAGCCCGCCUCAGUGGCAGCGUUCCUCGCGCGGCAGAGACGGCUUUGAGUGAGAAGAAUGUCGCGACCAAGGUUAAUCCUGCCGCGGCGGCCGGCUCGCCCAACGAUAUUGUCACCGCUCACCAAGUCCAAGAUCAGUUCAUCGACCGCAGGCGCGUCUUCAAAGACAAUCGCCUCCCAGCCCGGAAGACUUACACUCUUGGCUCGCUUCUGUGGGCCGCGUACAACGACAAGAUUUUGUGGCUGCUGACGGUCGCGGCUGUCGUCUCCCUCGCUCUGGGUUUGUACGAGACUUUCGACAGCGGCUCUCAAGUCGAUUGGGUCGAGGGUCUUGCCAUCUGCAUCGCCAUCAUCAUCAUCGUCCUCGUCACCGCCUUCAACGACUGGCAGAAGGAGAAGCAAUUCACCAAGCUCAACCAGAAGAAAGAGGAUCGCGAAGUCAAAUGUGUGCGCUCCGGCAAGGCGCUGAUGAUCUCCGUCUACGACGUCUUGGUUGGCGAUGUCCUGCAUCUCGAGCCCGGUGACUCCAUUCCCGCCGACGGUAUCUUCAUUCAAGGCCACGGCGUCAAGUGUGACGAGUCCUCCGCCACCGGCGAGUCUGAUGCCCUGAAGAAAACCGGUGGUAUGGAAGUCUGGCACCAGCUCUGCGCGGGCGGCCCGAACGUCAAGAAGCUUGAUCCAUUCCUCAUCUCUGGCAGCAAGGUCCUUGAGGGCGUUGGCACCUUCCUCGUCACCAGUACCGGCGUCAACUCCAGCUACGGUAAGAUCAUGAUGUCGCUUCGUGUCAAGACCGAACCUACUCCCCUGCAAGUCAAGCUUGGCCGCAUGGCCAACUGGAUUGGAGGCCUCGGUUCCAUUGCAGCUGGUAUCCUGUUCCUCAUCCAGCUCUUCCGCUUCGUUGCACGCCUGGAUCAGAACGAUGGCACGCCCUCGGAGAAGGCCGGCGAGUUCCUUGACAUCCUCAUCACUGCUAUUACCAUCAUUGUCAUGGCGGUCCCCGAGGGUCUCCCUCUGGCUGUCACCCUCGCCCUCGCCUUUGCUACCACGCACAUGAUGAAGGAGAACAACCUGGUGCGCGUGCUCCGCGCCUGCGAGACCAUGGGCAACGCCACCACCAUCUGCUCCGACAAGACCGGCACCCUGACGCAGAACAAAAUGACCGUUGUCGCGGGCUCCUGGUCCAUCGGGCAGAAAUUCUCCACCUCUGGCGAAGACGGCGCCUCGACUUUCGCAUCGGUCUUCGGUCGCCUCUCUGCCCCGUUCAAGGCCCUCCUGGACCAGUCCAUCGUCGUCAACUCUACCGCCUUUGAAGGCGAGGAGGAGGGUCAAAAGACUUUCAUCGGCAGCAAGACCGAGGUCGCUAUGCUUCAAUUGGCCGAGGCACACUUGGGCUUGACCUCCACCGCCCAGGUGCGCGCCAACAACGACAUCGUGCAACUGUAUCCCUUCGACUCGGCGCGCAAGUGUAUGGGUUCCGUCAUCCGCCUGCCCAACGGCAGCUACCGCCUGGUGGUCAAGGGCGCCGCGGAGAUCAUGCUGGGUAAGGCCGACUGGGUCAUCAGCAACACCGCAGGUGGUAACCUGGACGUCACGUCUCUCGAUGUCUCGACCAAGGAGGCUGUCGGCCAGCAGAUCCAAUCGUAUGCCAGCCGCUCGCUCCGCACUAUUGGCUUCCUGUACAAGGACUAUCCUUCCUGGCCACCCACCGGCGCGCGCAGCCUCGAGGGCGACAAGUCGGCCGCCGAGUUCGCGGACGUUUUCUACGGCAUGACCUGGGUGGGCCUCGUGGGCAUUCAGGAUCCGCUCCGUCCGCAGGUCACCAUGGCCGUCCAGCGCUGUCAGCAGGCCGGCAUCAAGGUACGCAUGGUCACCGGCGACAAUCUGACGACCGCCACUGCCAUCGCGACCGAGUGUGGCAUCAGAACCGCCGACGGCGUUGUCAUGGAAGGACCUGUCUUCCGCCAGCUCUCCGAAUCUGAGAUGGCAGCCGUGGUCCCCAAGCUUGAUGUCCUCGCACGCUCCUCGCCGGAAGACAAGCGAAUCCUCGUCGCGCACCUGAAGAAGCAGGGCGAGACCGUGGCUGUGACGGGUGACGGCACUAACGACGGACCUGCGCUCAAGACCGCUGAUGUGGGCUUCAGUAUGGGUAUCGCCGGCACUGAAGUGGCCAAGGAAGCCUCCGAGAUCAUCCUCAUGGACGACAACUUCGCCAGUAUUGUCAAAGCUGUCAUGUGGGGCCGUAGCGUCAACGACGCCGUCGCCAAGUUCCUGCAGUUCCAGAUCACGGUCAACAUCGCGGCCGUGACGCUCGCGUUCAUCUCCGCAGUCUCCAGCACCGAGAACCGCUCCGUGCUCUCGGCCGUGCAGCUCCUCUGGAUCAACCUGGUCAUGGACACAUUCGCCGCGCUCGCCCUCGCCACGGACGCACCCACAGACGCGAUCCUGGACCGCCCGCCGACGCCCAAGUCGGCCAGCCUGAUCUCGACGCACAUGUGGAAGAUGAUCAUGGGCCACGCGCUCUACCAAGUCGUCGUGUCACUAGUCCUCUUCUUCGCGGGCGCCAAGAUCUUCAACUACCGCUUCAUCUCCGAGAACCACCACCGCCAGGAGGAGCUCAACACCAUGGUCUUCAACGCCUUCACGUGGAUGCAGUUCUUCAACAUGUUCAACGCCCGCCGCCUCGACAACCACUUCAACAUCUUUGAGAACGUGCACAAGAACCCCUUCUUCAUGGCCAUGGCCGCCGUCAUGGCCGGUGGGCAAGUCAUGAUCAUCUUCGUGGGCGGCAAGGCGUUCGAAGUCGUUCCCCUGGAUGGCCCGCAGUGGGCCACCAGCAUCAUGACGGCCCUGCCCGUGCUGCUCUGGGGUGUGCUGCUGCGAUGCGUGCCCGACGAGGUCUCGGGCCGUUUCUUGGGCCUGUUCGUCACGGCGUUCAAGCUCGUCUUCGGCCCCGUCGGCAGGUGCUUUGGCGCCAUGUUCGCGCCCGUGGGCCGCGCCUGGAGGAGGAUGCGCGGCAACAAGCUCGAGCGCAGGAUGAGCGCUAGAGGUGCCGACGCUGCCUGA